UGCUUUCCAUCCAGUCAUGAAAUCAUUUGAGUACGUCGCUCACCUAAAAGGUGAAGACCCUUUUGUUCAAGUUUCAACAUUGAACAUGGCCACGAAAGAGUCAAGUUCUGCUGCUUCUGCUUCUGCUUCUGCUUCAGGGGAUGCUAAAAUCAAAAGGGUUCUCACUCAUGGUGGUCGAUAUGCACAGUACAAUGUGUACGGAAACUUGUUCGAGGUGUCCUCCAAAUACGUACCUCCCAUUCGCCCCAUCGGCAGAGGGGCUUAUGGCAUCGUCUGUGCUGCUGUUAAUUCCGAUACACACGAACAAGUUGCCAUCAAGAAGAUCGGAAAUGCAUUUGACAAUAUAAUUGAUGCUAAAAGGACAUUGAGAGAAAUCAAGCUCCUUCGUCACAUGGACCAUAAAAAUAUCAUUGCUAUUAAGGAUAUCAUACGACCUCCCAAAAAGGAGACCUUUAAUGAUGUAUACAUUGUUUAUGAAUUGAUGGACACUGAUCUUCAUCAUAUAAUUCAUUCUGACCAUCCUCUUAAUGAAGAACAUUGUCAGUAUUUCUUAUAUCAGCUGUUACGGGGGCUGAAAUAUGUGCACUCAGCUAAUGUUUUGCACCGUGAUCUUAAGCCCAGUAAUUUACUAAUGAAUGCAAACUGUGACCUUAAAAUCGGGGACUUCGGUAUGGCAAGGACAACAUCUGAAACGGAUUUCAUGACAGAGUAUGUUGUCACACGAUGGUAUCGAGCCCCAGAAUUGCUACUUAAUUGUUCUGAGUACACCUCUGCAAUUGAUGUUUGGUCUGUUGGUUGCAUUCUUGGUGAAAUCAUGACCAGAGAACCCUUGUUUCCUGGGAAAGACUAUGUUCAUCAACUAAGGCUUAUAACAGAGUUAAUAGGUUCACCUGACGAUGCCAGCCUUGGAUUUCUCCGAAGUGAUAAUGCCAGAAGAUAUAUUCGACAGCUUCCACAAUACCGGAAGCAAAAAUUCUCGGCUAGAUUCCCUAACAUGUUGCCUGAGGCACUGGAUCUGUUAGAAAAGAUGCUUAUCUUUGAUCCAAACAAGCGCAUUACAGCUGAAGAAGCACUAUGUCACCCAUAUCUUUCAUCACUCCAUAACAUCAAUGAGGAGCCAGUUUGUCCCAGGCCUUUCAGUUUUGAUUUUGAUCAGCCAACAUGCACUGAAGAGCACAUCAAGGAGCUCAUAUGGAAGGAAUCAGUGAAGUUCAAUCCAGAUCCACCCUGUCAGUAAUUCUUAUUUGUAUAAAUGUAACAAGAUAAACCUCUUUCCCCUUAAAGACAUUGCAUGUCCAUCGUCCAGAUGAUUUGCUAGGGACACGAGUUCACUUUCUUGUGAUCUAGUCCUAAACCAACGAGGAUAUGAAAAGAAAUUUCUCCUGGAAAAUGGGUAAUCGUUAAGAAUGCAGUUGGAUGUUACAAGCAUUUAUACAAGUAAUAAAAAAAUGCUGUAUUAUGCUGAAGUUUGCUUUAGAAGGGAUAGGAUGUUGGGGUCUUGGCAAUUAUCUUUAAAUGCAGCUUUCCAGUUUCAAUAUUUAGAUAUGGCACCAUUUGUUACAUGUCUAAGAUGCCUAGCUAUUACGUAUGGUGAUUGGUGAUUCUUCUUGUUUCAUGGCUGAAUUCGUUGACUGUGGUAAAGCGAUAUUUGCUAAAGUAACACCAAGAGUAGGAUUCCUGUAAAUCUGUAAUAAGUCUGCAUAAUAAAACUAUCUGCAUAUUUAA